AUGACUUCCACAAAGGAGCCUCUGGGCCUGAGGCAGGGCAGGACUGCUAUAAAAGGCAGCCCAAGUCUCUGCUCUCGCAUCCACUUCUCUCACCUCCUCCUCCUCUUCAGGAAUCAGGUGCACCUGUCACCCCGAGCCAUGUCCUGCUGCAAGCCCUGCGACCCUUGCUGCCAGCCCUGCGGCCCCUGCCCCCUGGGCAGCAGCUGCACUGAGUGCUGUGUCAGGCAGUGCCAGGACUCCCAUGUGGCCAUCCAGCCACCUGCUGUGCUGGUGACCCUGCCUGGGCCCAUCCUCAGCUCCUCCCCACAGAACACCGCCGUGGGAUCCUCCACCUCUGCUGCUGUUGGCAACAUCCUCAGCUGUGGCGGAGUGCCCAUCAGCUCUGGGGGCUUUGACAUCUCCUGCAUCACCAACUGCUAUGGUGGCAACAGAUGCCGUCCCUGCUAA